GAGGUUUCAUCCUUUAUACUUUUCAACAGAACUGAUUAUGCUCUGCAUGAGUGUUAAUUUACCUCGGCAUACUAAUUAAAUCUGUCCAUUUUAUUUCUUUUCGUUUUGCACGAUUGAAGUAAUUAUGUUUUGAUCGCUAUACGAAUAAAUUGUUGAUAAAUAUUUCGUCGCUUUCAUCCGGUUUACAAAAAUUCCGAAGACCGAAAUAAGUUGUAUGAAAAAAGGGCUAUAUCAAGAGUAAAAGUGCCAUCUCCAUUUCACGCUGACUACAGGCACAAAGCGAAAAUUAAACAAAUCUGGCAUAUGUAGAUAAUAUUAUAUUCGUCCCAGUUUAAUAAAAAUGUGAUAUAAAAAAGGAACACGAUAAUUUAUAUGCGAACCCACGUGCAAAGCGAAAUUAUAUAUCCUUUGUGAUUAAAUUGUUGACGUAUUCGAACGCGGAAGCCUCGUUAAUGUAAAAAAUGUGACCGUUACGACGACGAUGUGAUUCAUUGAAACAGAAGCAUAGAAGUACGAGUUUUUAUCCAAGGGGCUUCCUACUAGAUAACGAGAACAGCUUGACAAUGUUAUCUGGUCAUCGCAAUCGCCAUAGGAUGAUAAGGGAGCGAAUAUCAUGCAGUUAUGACAAGAUCAACUCGCAAUUUCAAUCAGUGUGCAUCGGUCUUACAAAUGACAACAUACGCGCAGAUACGAUAUUAUCACGACCCGGAUUAAACUGCAGAGCUUAACUUUAAUAAGUACAACAUCAUAAUUUCUUGGACUUCAGGCCCAAGAAACACACGUUGGUUGUUGGCAUACCAAAGCUGAAUAAUAUCUUCUUGGAGUGGGGCGAACUUUCGGUGCAUGGAUUGGAGAAUGCAGAAGAGGCAAGACGCAGACGUCAUCAUCGAGGAAUGAAUCAACGGAUCAUAUCGCGAUGAAUAAAAGAAUGGCAGAACCAAAGUUACUCGGCACGUCUAUCUGCUAAUAUUCAAAACCGUAGCAACAUUUCAAUUAUCGGUGAUCAAGAAUCUAAAAAAAAUAGUUAUAACACAGUCUUCUGUAUUCCGCAUCGUGGAAUUAAAAGGACAGAGAGAAAAAUGACAAUAAAACAAGUGGAAACAGCAGGGCUGGAAAAUGUCAUUACAAUUCAUGGAAAUCCAAUACAAAAAUCGCCAGAAGUGAUCGACGUGAAUAUAAAAACGAAUAUAAGUGUGUCAAAUUCUAAAGGGUCGAAAUUCGUUCAAAAACUACUUUUCGUAAUUGUUCUUUUUCUUACAAGUACAUUCACGUUAGUUAUUUUGAAUGUACGAAAAGAAUUUCAGACCUUGAAAUCUCAGGAACAAUGUAUAGAAACAAAAAUUGCUCUACUUAUGACAAAAUAUGAGAAAGUAAGCAAUCAGUUAAGUCGGGUUCGAUCUCAUAUGAAUUACAACAGAUAUUAUCAACCUUUAACUACCUCACAAGAAUCUGGAGAAGACCUAGUCGUCACAGGCUCUAAUUUAUAUAAAGAAACAUUUGAUAAAUAUAACCGGUUGAUUAUUGCUGAUUUACUUGCUCUGCAAAAUGGUAAAAGAAGCACAUUGUUCGGUGUCGAAGAUAGGUCAGACUUGGGUUUGGAAAGUAAAAAGUCCUUAGAUAAGAGAAAUAUUUUUGGAAGAGAUCAUACUAGCUCCUCUGAGAUGAAAAACGAUACUCAAAAUUCAGCAUUCGAAGACAAUGAUGAAGUAAUUGACUUAACAAAGCAUAACAAGAGUACAGGUACAAAUCGUUUCACAAGAACUAUUGUAUCAAAUGCCACAGAUGAGGAUGACGAAUCACCUAUACAAACUGUAGUACAGAGAUUUACCGAUGCUGAACCAAACUUAAAUUCAAGUGAAAGCAAAGAUAUAAACAUUGACACAGAGAAUGCCGAUAGUAUUGAUCUGUGGAGCGAACAGAGGACUACAAGAAUAAGAAGAGAUAAUGAUAGGAGAGGUAAAAUACGGACAAAGAAAAAAAGGCGGCCCAACCGCAGUCGCAGGCGAUUGGGGCCACUAGUUGCAACGUUUAUCGGAGGCAUACCCGAACAGCAUAUAACUGACACAGGCGCAAUAGGACCAUGGGUAAAGAUGACAAAGAAUACAUCACACUUUGACCUACAGAAAUUUCACUUAGUCGACAAUAAAAGAGCAAUCGAAAUUACUAUGAAUGGGUUGUACAUGAUUUCAGUCCAGAUAUUUUAUAUUGGUCAAUAUGCGAAUUAUUCGUACUGGAUUUUGCUGAACUCGGAAGGCCAUUCUACAACUCAACAAGUUACAAAAUGCUCAGCCGUCUCAAGCGCAGCUGCAAACGAAGUUUCGUGUCAUACAAAUGUUGUUUUACCAUUGCGCAAAGGAGAUAGACUGCACGUACAACAACAAGAAUGCGAUAGAUGGAUCAAUUUAAGAGAAGGGCACAGUUAUGUGCAGCUUGUCUUGUUGUCCAAUGAAUCCGAAAAAAACCGAUCACUUUAAAAAGUUUUAUUUGGUGGAUUUUGGUAAGAACGCAAAGGAGAGUAAUCGUACAAGUUUUCACAAUGAGAUUCAUAAUGUGAUGUAUACCUAGAUGUGCAAACACAUCAGAAUCAGUUUAUGAACAUUAACAACAAACGAUAUUAUUGAAUUAUAGUUUACUAUCAUAUGUCAAUCGUUUUUAACAAUACUUUCUUUCUCUUCUUCUAUUGAAGGUAGACAGUCAAUAUUAAAUAUCUACAUACAAGUCAAACGCUCAAAUAUUUCCAUUGUUACCACUAUUCAACAUACCGUCUGUGAGGAUGUAUCAACGAUCUCUUACGAUUUAGAUACUGCCAUUUUAUUAGUGAGAUUCAGGCACUAGCGAAAUUUGUUCUAAAGGUCAGUAAUCAUUUUUAGAAUAAGUAUUUAGUAGGUUAUUAAGAUUAUAUAUGUAUAUUGUUUCAUACAAAAAAUGAUACAAUUAGUUAUUCGACCACUAUCCAAAUAUCAAAUUACUGCCAGGGAUCGUAUAUUUAAAUAAGUGAAAAUGUAUUCUAGUAUUUGCUCCCAGUCAUCGCGACGCCUCAUUACUUUAUGGUUAAGAUUGAAAAUAAUUGUGAUUUAUUUUUUACGAAGUAUUUAAUCCAAAUGAAAUGUAUGAUAUCCAUAGCCUAGAAAAAUCAUUAUAAUAAUAGAAACUUUUUAAAUUCAACAUAUAAUAAUCAAACAUGAACAUCAAGCCUUUAACAAUGAGACAUUGUCCUGUAGGUUAAGAAAUUUUUUAAGCUAUCUCUCCUGUUAUCUGUUGUUAAAGAAAUUUAUUUUUAGUAAAAAAAAAAAUGUUUUUGCAUUGGCUUACCGUCAAACUCUAAUGUAAA